AUGGCCAUUGAAAAUUCGGUGAUUGUACCCGCUUACCAUGAGAAACUCAACAUCAAACCUCUCACAACGAGGCUGUUUGCAGCUCUUGGAAACGAGGGUUCCAAGACGACAGAAUUGAUUUUCGUGGACGACAACUCCAAGGACGGUUCGGUUGAGGAGGUUGAGGCCUUGAAAAAGCAAGGCUACAACGUCAAAAUCAUUGUGAGAACCGACGAAAGAGGCCUUUCAUCUGCUGUUCUGAAAGGAUUCCGUGACGCCGAGGGAGAGUACCUCAUCUGCAUGGACGCAGACCUUCAGCACCCUCCAGAAAGCGUACCUCAGUUGUUUGACGUGUUGAGAAGCCACGCCUUCGUUUUGGGCACCAGAUACGCCCCAGGGGUUGGCAUUGACAAAGACUGGCCUUUGUAUCGUCGUGUGAUUUCCUCCGGCGCGCGUAUGAUGGCCAGACCAUUGACGACAGCUUCGGACCCAAUGAGUGGAUUUUUCGGUUUGCAAAAAAAAUAUUUGCAGCAGACGGAUGCCAAGGAACUCAACGCCCAAGGUUUCAAGGUCGCUUUGGAUUUGUUGGUGAAACUGCCUUUGCCCCAGACCAAAGCUAUCGGUGAAGUGCCUUUUUCGUUUGGUGUGAGAACUGAGGGCGAGUCCAAACUGUCCGGAAAAGUGAUCGUUCAGUAUCUCCAGCAAUUGCAGGAAUUGUACGUUUACAAAUUCGGUGCUAACAAUCUGGUUUUAUUUCUAGCGGCUUGGAUUAUCUUGGCCCUCUACGCUUUUUUCAAGCUGCUGUCGCUGGUCCGUUAA